AUGAGUGAGGCCGAGCUGAGGCUGUCUGUUCCCGGACCCCAGAGCACCCCCUGCAUCACCAUGACUGGACUGCUGAAGAGAAAGUUUGACCAGCUGGAUGAGGCCGACUCCUUGUUCUGCUCCUCCUCUUCUUCCUCUGGCUGCCACUCUCGCUCCUGCUCCCCGAGCUCUUCCGUCUCUCCUGCCUGGGACUUGGAUGAGGAGGGUCCCUGGAAUCAAACGUCCCAGCCCGACCAUGACUUCUGUGGCCCACAGAGUUUCACCCCCCCAUCCAUCCUAAAGAGGGCUCGCCGGGAACGCCCAGGCCGUGUAGCCUUUGAUGGCAUCACUGUCUUCUACUUCUCCCGGUGCCAAGGCUUCACCAGUGUGCCCAGCCGUGGUGGUUGUACUCUGGGCAUGGCCCCUCGCCACAGUGCCUGCCACCGCUUCUCCUUGACCGAGUUUAUGCAAGAGCAAGCCCGGGCACGGCGCGAGAAACUCCGCCAGCGAUUGAAGGAGGAGAGAUUGGAGAUGCUGCAGAAGAAGCUUUCAGCGCCUGACAUGCCCAAGACAGAGGUGGGCCUGCCGCUUGCAGUGGAUUCCAUUGAUGAUGCCUCUGUGGAGGAGGACUUGGCAGUGGCCGUGGCAGGCGGCCGGUUGGAGGAAGUGAACUUCCUACAGCCCUACCCAGCCCGGCGACGUCGGGCUCUGCUGCGAGCUGCAGGUGUACGAAGGAUCGAUCGGGAGGAGAAGCGGGAGCUGCAGGCACUGCGCCAAUCCCGGGAAGAUUGUGGCUGUCACUGCGAUAGGGUCUGUGAUCCUGAGACCUGCAGCUGCAGCCUGGCGGGCAUCAAGUGCCAGAUGGACCACACAGCGUUCCCCUGUGGUUGCUGCAAGGAGGGCUGUGAGAACCCCAAUGGCCGUGUGGAAUUUAAUCAGGCACGAGUUCAGACCCACUUCAUCCAUACAAUCACUCGCCUGCAGCUGGAGCAGGGGGCCGAGAGCCUGGGGGAUCUGGAGACACCCGUCCAGGGCAGCCCGCCCAGCCCUGGUGAGCAGGCCUUGGUCCCCACUUUCCCACUGGCCAAGCCCCCUGGGAGCAGUGAGCUAGGAGACAACAGCUGCAGCAGUGACAUGACCGAUUCCUCUACAGCAUCUUCCUCGGCAUCGGGCACUAGCGAGGCCCCUGACUGCUCCACCCACCCGAGCCUGCCUGGCCCUGGCUUCCAGCCUGGUGUGGAUGAUGACAGCCUGGCACGGAUCCUGAGUUUCAGUGACUCUGACCUGGGCGGGGAGGAGGAGGAGGAGGAGGAAAGUGGUGUUGGGAACCUGGACAACCUCAGCUGCUUCCAUCCAGCUGACAUCUUUGGUACUAGUGACCCUGGUGGCCUGGCCAGCUGGACCCACAGCUAUUCUGGCUCUAGCCUCACGUCAGGCAUCCUGGAUGAAAACGCCAACCUGGACGCCAGCUGCUUCCUAAAUGGUGGCCUUGAAGGGUCAAGAGAAGGCAGCCUCUCUGGCACCUCAUUGCUGCCCAGUGUGGAUGUUGGCCAGAGCAGCUCCGUGGAUCUCAGCUUGUCUUCCUGUGACUCCUUUGAGUUGCUCCAGGCUCUGCCAGACUACAGUCUGGGGCCUCACUACACCUCCCAGAAGGUGUCCGACAGCCUGGACAACUUUGAGGCACUCCACUUCCCCUGGCCUGGGCUCUCUCCACCUGGGGAUGCAGGCACUUGCUUCCUGGAAUCCCUCAUGGGCUUGUCAGAGCCAGCUGCCGAAGUCCUAGCUCCCCUCGUUGACAGUCAUUUUGAAGACACUGCCCCCGCAUCUCUGAUGGAGCCUGUGCCUGUGUGAGGACUGGGAUCUUUUCCCAGCCCCAAGAGCCCUGUUGCUGCUUUUUUGUAAUUUCGGGGCUCCCCACGGUCUGUAGGUAACAGUCUCCCAUCGGCUGGCUGACCCACAGGUGCCAGGCACACACUCCAGGUUUUCAUGCCACACUCUGGAUUU